UCAAUAAAACCUGCAGCCUGCGCCUUUAAAUUGUCCGGCUGUUGUCGUAGCAACCAUCGGGCCUGUGUGUUUUGCGACAGACCGUGUUCCGCGCCGCAGCACAUCAUUAUCAGCACAGCAGAUGAAUCCAGCAUAAACGCAUAGUUUCAGUGCUAUGGAGAUUCCCACAAGAUGAGCGGCAACACGCUCGGUCACCGGAGCGUCACAUUUACACCCGUCCGACUUUUAGCUAUCUGCAGGUGAUCCUGUUAUGCAACAUGCAGCCCUGGAGUUCCUGGAAGAGUCCUGUCAGUGGGCCUUCCUGAAUCCAGGGGCUUCCCAAGCCCACCCAUGCCUGUCAUUCCCAUCCCACGGAGGGUUCGCUCCUUCCAUGGCCCUCACACCACCUGCAUGCACUCCGCCUGUGGCCCGGCACGCACCGCCCAGCUCGUACGCACCAAAUACAACAACUUCGACCUGUACCUGAAGUCUCGGUGGAUGUAUAGCUUCAUCCGGUUCCUUCUCUAUUUUGGCUGCAGCCUGUUUACCUCCCUCCUCUGGGUGGCGCUGUCUGCCCUCUUCUGCCUGCAGUACGUCAGCGUGCGAAUUUUCCUUCGCCUUCAGUACAAGCUGUCCGUCAUCCUCCUGCUGCUGGGCCACCGCCGGCUGGACUUCGGCAUCAUCAACGAUCUGUUCAUAUACAGCAUGCAUGUGACCAUGUUUCUGAUCGGAGGCCUGGGAUGGUGUUUCAUGGUCUUUGUAGAUAUGUGAAGUUCUGAUUGGCUGAACGAAUAUGAUCACUGAAAGACACAAGUCUUAUGCUUAAUCAAACCCACUUUGAUUUGUUUUUUUAAGCUUGCAACAUGACAAAACUGAGAACAUUUAAAAGAGCUCAUUGUAAUAAAAAUGUGCAUGGUUUCUUUUUAUGUUUUAUAUUAAUUAAAUGUGUUGUGCGUGUUGUAUUUUAACACUGUGCGUAGGGGAAUCUGAUUUAAUAGUAUACAUUUUUAGAUCUGCAUGUGCCUCGAUUUACAUUUGCAUUCAAAAAGUUGGUCUUUUAUCACGGUUUCUCUUCGUCAUACAGAAAUAUCCCUCACUAAUGCACUUGUGGUGUUCAGACUAUAUUAUUUGUCUGGUGCCAAUCAGAGCAUGAGUCUGAUGCCCCAUGUUGCAUUAGUGUGGUGUUAUUGGCGCCAGCCUGGCAUGAAAGGAAAGUGAGUGAGUACAAUCUCCUAUUGUUUGAGGAUCAAACAUCAUAUGCCUCAUACUUGGCCAAGCAUGCUCUUUUGUUCUGAAACCGAAUGGACACCAGUGACAUUUCAGACUGGCCAUUGUACAGCUCAGCACAGAAGGGUCAAUGCCUCGAUGAACUGAUACAUGUACAUCUGCCGAUCAGUGUCAAAUGGCCGAACUCUCCUGGAGGGACACGUAUCUACUACUGCAGACGCGCUCGGAUGGUUGUUGUGGUGUAGCACAGUUCAGUAACAACUCAGGAACAGCAAAUAAUAAAAAUGGUGUUAAUCUCA